UAAAAUGAGUUUGUUUAUAAAGUAUAAUAGAAAAUAUUUACCUGAUACUAAAAUUAAUCAACAAAAAGAAUUUACUCCGUAUAUUUUAACACUUAAUAGUUGGCGUCAUGAUUCCGAUAUAGAAUCAAAGGCCGAGAUAAAAAAGCCGACUAUAAAACAAGUUAAUGAAAAAAUCAAGUCACAUGUUUUGAUGUUAAUGUUGAAGGUGACGAUUUAUGAAUUAGUUAUAUAUUUAUUUGCUAAUUAUCCACAAAAAAUUCCCGAAAGACCUUAUCAAAUUCGUAUGAUUGAAUAUUUUACGAAAGGGAUUCCUAUUUUUACUGCGGCUUCAAUGUUUCAUUAUACUUGUUUUUUUAUUUUUAUUUACUUAUUCCUAUCACUACAUUAUGAUCUUACCGUACUUUAUAGUUUAAUAGCUUUACGAUGCAUGACUACAAGUCAAUCGAGUACCCCAGAAAAACAUAUUCUUGUCAAAUCAGGUUUAUUAACACCUAUACAAUUUUCUUUGUUAAAAAAUUACUUCAUUACUUAUACAUUUAACACGAAACAUUGUUUUAAUAAUCCCUGGAUAUCAAAAAAUCCGAGAGAAGUUUGGUCAUCACGUUGGCAAACUAUGUUAGCUGAAACAUUUAGAGAACUUGGUUAUCUCCCUUUAAGAAAUCUAUGUAUUAGCUUAGGAAUUACUUCAAGAAAGUUUUGCAAUGCUAUGGGGGUAUUAGGAGCCUUUUUUAUUAGUUCUCUUUUACAUGAAUAUUAUAUUAUAGGAAUGUUUAAUAUGAUUACCGGUGAACAUUUGUUUUUUUUUAUGUCGCAUGGUUUAAUAAUGAUUGUUUGGGAACUAGUUUUUACUUCUGAAAGAGAAGAUAAGAUGAAAAAACCAGAGAAAGAGGGUUAUGAUUUUAGAAAACACGCAGCUGUGUUUUUGAAAUGGUUAUUAAUGUUAGCUAUUUAUAUGUUGAUUUUACCUGCUUUUACUGAACCCUUGAUGAGAAGAAUCGAUCUUUGGAUAAUUCCUUCAUUAUUCACUGAUGUUGGAAAUAUUUACAAGAAUUUGGUUUAGAAAUUUCAAUUAUCUUUUAUAAUUUAUCGG